UUCGUGCGAAGUCAGACUUUUGAAAACCUGAGGCGGCCUGUGAAGAUUUCCACCAGUUUUCCACGUUACGCUCGUUAUAACAUUUCUUUUGCCACGAAGAUGCAGAAUAAAGAAAAUUAUGAACCCAGGGGUCUUCAAAGGCCUUUUCAGACCCCGAGCAUGAGUACAGGACCUCAGCGUGUUCUAGUAAAGCCACGAGCAGAAACUAUGAAAAAUACUGUCACGGGUCCUGGAAGAGAAUGUGUAAGCACAUCUUCUAGUUUACCACCCAAGAAAAUUUCCAUUGAAGACUUUGACAUCGGUCGGCCUCUUGGAAAGGGCAAGUUUGGCAACGUCUACCUUGCAAGGGUGAAGAAGGUGGAAGCUAUAGUAGCGCUGAAGGUUCUGUUUAAGUCUCAGAUGGAGACCGAAGGUGUGGAGCAUCAACUCAGGAGGGAGAUUGAGAUCCAAGCUCGUCUCAGGCACCCUAACAUCCUGCGCUUCUACAACUAUUUCCAUGAUCGCAAGAGAGUUUUCCUAGUGUUGGAGUAUGCCCCACGUGGAGAGAUGUACAAGGAGCUACAGAAAUACGGACGGUUUGAUGAUCAGCGAACGGCAACGUACAUGGAGGAGAUAGCUGAUGCUCUGCAGUAUUGCCACGAGAGGAAAGUGAUUCACCGGGACAUCAAGCCAGAGAAUCUACUUCUCGGAUUUCGUGGAGAGCUGAAAAUAGCAGAUUUUGGUUGGUCCGUUCAUGCGCCCUCUCUAAGACGUCGCACUAUGUGUGGGACACUGGACUACCUUCCUCCAGAAAUGGUUGAGGGGCGCAUCCACAGUGAGAAGGUGGACCUGUGGUGCAUCGGGGUUCUCUGCUUUGAAUGUUUAGUUGGCCACCCACCUUUUGAGACUGCCAGUCAUUCAGAAACAUACAAAAGGAUUACAAAGGUGGAUCUGAUCUUCCCGAAUGUUGUGUCUGAUGGUGCAAAGGACUUAAUCUCUAAGCUUCUUCGCCACAACCCUAAAGAUCGCCUCCCUCUUAAGGAGGUUAUGGACCACCCAUGGGUGCGGGCCAACUCUCGUAGGCUCCUUCCUCCAACAUGUCCCACUGAAAAUUCCUGAGCGCUCCUGCCUGCUUUGUAAACAUUUGGGUGUCUUCUGUCCUCCACAAGAAACUGUAGGCCAGCAUGAGACUGUAUCACUGCCAUUGGCUUUAAACUGCUAGUAUUCUGGCAAAUUUGUUGGUUUGAUGGUUGUAGUUGAUUAUAUAUAGUAGGAAUAAUACGCAGCAAGUAUUUUAGAGUAUUUAGAGUGUACCACAUUAUGGGUCUGUUUUUUUAAUGCACCAGCUCUGAUUUUUUUUUAAUAUUUGCAUUGUGAUGUUUUUAUAUGUAGAAUAUUUUCCUGGUUUCUUAUUUUCUAGUGUUCUUUAAGCUAUAUAUUCUGAUUAAUGCGACAGUGUAAGACUUAUCCUUGUUCUCAAUGUUUUGCUACAUUGUGAUCACCAAAGUACUGUUAGCCUUUCUCAGAGUCAAGUCUGUUACCCUCCUUGGUAAAGAUGUGACUGGCUUGAGUUGCCAAGAUUGUUUCCAUUGGCCUAAGGUAUUUUGCAGACUUCUAAUAAAUAUUUGUUUUCAUCACAUUGA